CCGUGUGCCAUCUUUAAUUGAUGGCUGGCUCAAUUUCGAUUAUUUCUGCCAGCAAAAUACCUUUAUAAUGAUUACCAAAACAGUAGUUGGAAUCGCUGCUGGCGUCUGCGGUACUCUUUUUCUAGGAUACUGUAUUUACUUCGAUCAUAAACGGAGGAGCGACCCUCUCUUCAAGCAAAAACUAAAGGAAAGGAGAUUGAAAUCCAGGAAGCAACAACAAAAUAAAGAAUCAACAACCAAAUCACAGUUACCAGACUUCAGAGACACUGCAGCAGUUCAGAAAUUCUUUCUUGAGCAAGUGCAGCUAGGAGAAGAACUCCUUGCACAAGGUGACUUUGAAAAUGGCGUUGAACAUUUAACAAACGCCGUAGCUGUUUGCGGACAACCGCAACAACUUCUUCAAGUUCUGCAGCAAACUUUACCUGUCCAGGUCUUCCAGAUGUUACUUCAGAGAUUGCCUAUUGUCAGUCAGCAAGUAGCUGCAAGUGCUUCGGGCACUGGAGGCCUGGUGGAAGACGAUCUGGAGUAGACAUAUUGGGAACCAAUUGGAGAUCCCGUAUAAUAUUAUACGUACCCCUUUUUGUUGGACAUCAAUGAUGGAUACACACUCUAUAUAAAUUACACUUAGUAUUAUUUUCUUGCGUUUUAUACUCCGGUUAUGUGUAAUUUUCUUCCCAAGGUCAGCUGUGUUGGUCAUUUGUGAAGCAAAUAAAGGUUUUAUACAUAUACUAGUAA